AUGGAGGACAACGAAAGAGAUCAGCGGGCACCUGAAACGACUCAGGCGGAGAAGAAUCUGAACGAUUGGCUUCCGAUCACCAAAUCUCGUAACGGAAACUGGUGGUACUCCGCCUUUCACAAUGUCACCGCCAUGGUCGGCGCCGGCGUUCUUGGUCUCCCUUACGCCAUGUCGCAGCUCGGAUGGGGACCGGGAGUGGCGGUGAUUGUACUGUCGUGGAUAAUAACGCUGUACACGCUGUGGCAGAUGGUGGAGAUGCACGAGAUGGUGCCGGGGAAGCGGUUCGAUCGGUACCAUGAGCUAGGGCAGCACGCGUUCGGGGAGCGGGUAGGGCUGUGGGUGGUGGUGCCGCAGCAGCUGAUGGUUGAAAUAGGGGUGAAUAUUGUGUACAUGAUUACGGGCGGCAACUCAUUGAAGAAGGUCCAUGAUUUGGCCUGCCAUGGCUGCAGGCCCAUUAAGUCCACUUACUUUAUAAUGAUGUUUGCUUCUGUCCAUUUCUUUCUCUCGCAUCUCCCUAGCUUCAACUCCAUCACUCUCGUCUCCCUCGCCGCCGCAGUCAUGUCCUUGAGCUACUCAACCAUUGCAUGGGCAGCAUCGUUUCACAAAGGUCCCCUCCCAGACGUGAACUACGGACACAGAGCCUCAACCACAACAGGCAACAUCUUCAACUUCUUCUCAGCCUUAGGCGACGUCGCCUUCGCAUUCGCAGGCCACAACGUCGUCCUCGAGAUUCAAGCCACCAUCCCAUCCACCCCCGACCGCCCGUCCACCAACCCGAUGUGGAAGGGCGUCAUAGUCGCAUAUCUAGUAGUCGCCCUAUGCUAUUUCCCCGUCGCCCUAGUCGGCUACUGGGUAUUCGGCAACUCCGUCCAAGACAACAUCCUCAUCUCCCUCAACCGCCCCGUAUGGCUCAUCGUUGUAGCUAACCUCUUCGUUGUCAUUCACGUCAUCGGCAGCUACCAGAUCUUCGCUAUGCCUGUUUUCGAUAUGUUGGAGUCUUUCCUCGUUAAGCAAAUGAAAUUCAAACCCUCCCGCUGCCUCCGCUUCAUCACUCGAACAACUUACGUCGCUCUUACCAUGUUCAUAGCCAUGACAUUCCCCUUCUUCGGUGGGCUUCUAAGUUUCUUUGGAGGCUUUGCAUUUGCUCCCACAACAUACUACCUGCCUUGCAUCAUGUGGCUUGCCAUCAAAAAGCCAAGACGCUACAGCCUUUCAUGGUUUACAAACUGGAUUUGCAUCGUUAUUGGAGUGUUGUUGAUGGUUUUGGCGCCCAUUGGAGCACUCAGGAACAUCAUUCUUCAAGCUAAGACCUUCAAAUUUUACUCUUGAUUCAUUCAUUUUAGUUUGUAAAUUCCU